AUGAAAUGUGUUGAAGAAAUAUCAAAUCUAAAUGGUGUAAAAAUUACUUAAUUUAAAGGAAAAAUAAAUAUUAAUAAUUCAUAUUAUAAUAAUUUAGCUAGUAUAAUUAAUCCAGAGAUAUUAUUCUCAUUAACUAAAUUACCAGAAAUUUAAGCUGGCAAUAAAUUUAUAAAGAGAUCUUUUUUAAAAUCAGCACAAUUCUUAAAAGAAAAUCUAGAUGAAUUGAAAGACAUUAAUAUUAAUAUUUUAUGUGCAAUAUAAAGAGGUUUAGAAAUUGAUUCUAAAAUGAUGGCAGUAGAAAUGAAAUAAUAAAGAUUUGCAGUCGAAUAUUUAAUCAGUCUAUGA